CCCAAUCCACACACCAAAAUAUUAGACUGUCGUGUCCCUCACACACUCGCUAGAGUUAAAAAGACUUACGAGAGUGAAGGAUAGAAGAAGAAAGAAAAGGGAAAGUCAAUUGAAAUUUUUUUUUUAAAUGGGAAAAUCCACUUCCUGUUUCAAACUCAUCACUUGCGGCAGCGAUUCCGCUGAAAAAGACGACGCCAUUGAUGCCCCUGAGUUUAAGUGCUACUGAUGCCAUUGGUGACUGGAAAUGACUGACAAGUUGCAAUUUCUGAAGUCUUAAAAUGUGUUUUAAAGAGGAACUGUGAGAAUAAGAGAUCAAGUGACAAAAAGGGAUGGAGUUUUCGGAAGAGAUCUGAACGGCAUCGAGUGCUUAGCAACUCUGUGAUACAAGUAACUACCACUACAGGACUUAAGGAAAGUCAAGACUCUGUUGGCUUUGAGUUUCAACAGCAAGAUGUCUCGGUUGCUUCUGAGAAAACCUCCACUGUUCAGUACACUGAAGAGAAACCUCAGCUGAUGACACCAAAAGAGUACAUUGAAGAAAAAUCCCAGUUGCUGGCACUAAAAGAGUACACAGAAGAAAAAUCUCACUCGCUGACGCCUAUAGAACUUGCUGAAGAAAAAUCUCAGUUGCUGGCACCGAUAAAAUGCACUGAAGAAAAAUCUCAGUUAACCCCAGAGCCAGAGGAAUCGAAAGUGCCUGAACCUAUUACUGCCACUACAAAUGAGGCUGAAGAUGAUUUCAGCCUAGAUGAAUCUGUUGUUGUAAUCAUCCAGACUGCAAUCAGAGGGUUUUUGGCACAGAAAGAGCUAGGAAAGCUUAAGAAUUUAGUAAAGUUGCAGGCUGCUGUGCGUGGGCACUUGGUCCGAAGGCAUGCUGUGGGGACCUUACGGUGUGUUCAAGCCAUUGUCAAAAUGCAACUUCUUGUUCGUGCUCGCCAAUCUCAAGAAGGAUCUUAUGUGGAAAAGCUGGAUGGCAAGCACCAAGGAGUCAAUCAAAGAUUGCAGGGAAACUCAGCAACCAAAAAGAACUUGACUUACAAUUCCAUGGAGAAGCUGCUUAGUAAUAGGUUUGCUCAUCAGCUGAUGGAUUCGACUCCCAAGACCAAAACUAUCCACUUCAAGUGUGAUUCAUCUAAACCGAAUUCUGCUUGGAGCUGGCUGGAGAGGUGGAUGUCAGUGUCAUCAUCUGAAAAGGCAUCAAAAGCAGAGUUACCUAUUGAACAACCAGAACAAAAGAAAACUGAAGAUUGUGACUCUCCACGUACUCCUGCAGUUCCAUCUGAAAAUAUUUCUGCGUCAAACGAACCAAAGCCUCAAGUAAGGGAGACAAUGGUUUCAUCAGAGAGUGAAGAUAAUCUGAUCACCUAUGAUGCAGCCAACUUUAAGUUUGAGGCAUGCCAGCCAUCUUCCUUGUCAGUAACGGAUGAUUCUGAACAACCUCAAAUUGACAGUGCAAUUAAAUCUGAUCUGAAAGAGACCUCUCCCGAGAUGAACUCACAAGGUCAAACAAUGCAAAUCAGUGCACAUUCUCAAAUAGAGGUCCAUUGUCUUUCUAACAAGCCUGAAACUGGGAGUGAACAACCCAAACAUUCUAUGGAAAGAUUUGCUUCUGAACAUUUGGAAACAGAGGCAAAAAAAUUUGUAUUUGGUUCAAAAAGGACAAGUAAUCCUGCAUUUAUUGCUGCACAAACCAAAUUUGAGGAGUUGAGUUCAACAGCCAAUUCAAGUAGAUCAAUUAAUUCAUCCUACCAAGAUGUUAGUGUUGAAUCAAACUUGGACACUGUGCCUUCUGGGGCAGAUAUGAUAAGCAGGUCAAAGGAGCCAAGCAUCUCAGAAAAUCCAGUCCUCAACAAUUGGAGGGUUCAACAUGGUGGCUCCGAAUGUGGAACUGAGCUUUCUAUUACUUCCACUCUUGAUUCACCUGAUAGAUCAGAAGCUGGAACCUUAGAAUAUGAAAAUGCAACCAAAGUUUCUGAGCAAGAAAACUGUACUUCUAAGAGUACAAAGGACUUGGAUGUUAAAAAUAAUGAUACAGUUGCAAUCCCAGUGCCUGAUUCUUCUCUACCUGUUGCCCAUCAGCCUGAGAAACUUGAUGAUUCUAAAGGGGGGUUGGCAAAUUUAAUUGUUGCAGACUUCCCUCAAGUAGAGCAGGAGCUGCUGAAAAGCGCAUCUAAUCUGCAGAGAGAACAGGAUCCUAUGAAAAAUCAAGCGUACAGGUCAUCCCCUGAAGUCUCUCCCCGGAGCCAUAUGACUGUUCCAGAAUCUCAAGGAACACCUUCUAGUGAGGUAUCAGUGAAAGCUAAAAAGGAAAAAACUGACAAGAUCAGUGAAAAACGCAAGUCCUUGUCUGCAGCCAAGGGUUCUCCAUCAACUCCAGCUGCAAGUACCAUGGAAGAAUUGCCCAAAGAUCAGAAAAAUGGGAAGAGACGCAAUUCUUUUAGUUCAACAAGACCUGAGAACAUUGAUGAGGAGCCAAGGGAUAGUAACAGUAGCAAUCCUCUCCCCCGUUUCAUGCAAGCCACAGAAGCUGCAAGAGCUAAGGUUAAUACAAAUAACUCACCAAGAUCAAGUCCAGAUGUGCAAGAUAGAGACAUUUAUAUCAAGAAGAGACAUUCCUUACCAGGUGCAAAUGGGAGGCAGGGUUCUCCAAGAAUCCAGCGAUCCUUAUCUCAAGCCCAGCAGGGUGCAAAAAGAAAUGGUACCAAUCCUACUCAGGAGAGAAGAUGGCAAAGGUGAAGGCUUAUCUAGAGUACCACGGCAUUCAACCCUUCAGAUUGAGAAGUGCGUUGAUUGUUGUUCUUAUUAUCGAGUUUUAUCCCAUUGAAUUUCACCACAUCAUUUGAGAUAUAUAAAUAUUUAUAGAGUGGAGUAAAAGAUUUCUUGUAUAUUAGCAGUACUAAGAUCAUUGUUGAUUUUUUUUUUCCUGUAUUUUCGGCCUGGGAGGUAUGCUAUUGUGUAUUUUGAUGAACCGUGUUUGGUGUGAUAUUAUUGAGGUUUGCCACGACAUGUUUUUUUAGAUGUCUGUUCGGAGUUUAAGACAAUGACUGGUGAAGCGGAUAGCUUUAGAAAAGGGCUUUCCUGUAAUAAUUUGGCCGUUCUCUGUUGUUUCAUUGGCCACUAUUUCCAGGACUAAUUUUUAUUCUUAUUUUGUUUUCAGCUCCAUUGGUUAAUUCUAUAAAUUUAUUUUCAUUUUAGAA